AUCUCACUGCAGCAAAAAGUAAUGUUUUGUUGGUAAAAAUCUGUACUUUGUUGGCUGUGAUGCUUUUUAUCUUUGCAUCAUCAGACUAUGAAUGAGGCCAUGAUAAUGUUGUUAGUAUUGGAAAUCUGGGGUCGGUUGUUCAAACUGCCCUAUAUUUCACUGAUCUAUUAUUCAAGAAAAAAAAAACGUCCAUUGACUCCAAUGCAUUUUUUGCCUUCAGAAAAAUGGCUAUUGACUUUUGCACACAAAAAAAAAACCAUAUCACAACUUCCCAUUGAUUGCAUUGCAUUUAUUUUUGCCAUUUUGAGAAUUUUUCUGCGGUUUCACAAAUUUUUUUGAUGAAGCAAAACAGGACGGAUUUGCUCAUCACUAAUUACCUAUUUAUUGGUUCUGUCUAGCUGCAUUCAUAUUACUUGAAUUUCUAGUUUCAGGCAGUGGCAUUGUAGAUUUACCCUGGAUGCAUGCAGUGGCCACUGGAUUGCCUGGCCUUUUAAGGCUAUGGAAAUACGAAAUCUUGUACAUUUCUUCCCCAGGUCCAUACUUGUGUGCAUGCCAAAAUUUGUUGGUGGGCCUGGGGACUCCAAAUGUGCCCUUGCCUGGAUCUCUUAGAAACAGUGGAGUUACAACAGUAACUGAUGGAGCAAGAGUGAGCUAAAGGCGUUAUAGAGAUGUGCAGAGACUGGUUAUAUUACUAGCAUCUUAUUUGCAGGCGCCACAAACAUCACAAAGACUGCAAGAGACAGCAAAGUGUUCAGUGCAGAGAGAUAAAGGGUCACUGUUUCAUCUCCCACUACAAGGCGACCUUCGAGGCACCAAGGAUCUUGUCCCUGAUUCAGUUAUACUCUCAUUCAGCGAAUUGGCAGAUUAAUAUAAUCAGAUGCUGCUGCCCGGAGCAGUAAGAGACCACCCCGAACACCAGCAUAUGCCAACUUACCUCCAAUGAAUUUGGUCACAACUCAGCAAGCUGAAUUCAUACCACGGCCACUUGAGGGAAGGGCAAAGCCAUUUGUUCCUCCAGAAGGUUAUUACCAGAGUCCAGAGGAACCUCUGUUAAGCAAAACUCUUUACAGUCUACACUAUGCUCCAAAAGAAGCAGAGAGGACUAUGGGCACUCGACCUAAAGACAAUCUGCAUGUGUUGCCCCCAUCUAGUACUAACCACACCACCACAACUAAAGCGGAGUACAAAGAGUGGAAGGCAGAGUGCCAGCCUCAGUUUGGAGAGCUACCAGAUCUUGCAGGGUCUCUGCUCUUUCCUGGUGAUACCAAUGAGAUGAAAACAACAACCCAAGACCAUUAUGUAGAAAAGAAGACAAGGAGAGUGAACCUAGUAAAAGCAGCUCAGUGUCAUCUUGUCACGGAAGGGGAACAUCAUAUGGAAACUACCCAUCAGUCCACAUAUCACCCUCUGCCACUGGAGAAAGGAACAGUUAAAAAUCAUGUAACGCAGAAAGUCACCAAACGACCACAAAUGGAAGUAACAACCAAAUACCAGAGUGACUUCCCAACACCACACAGCCUUCCACAACAAACCAGAGCUGCCUUGCCACCCCCAGAUAACCUCGGAGUAAAUACCCACCUCAGAAAUGACUUUAAGACAGUCCAGAGAGAAACUUUCCCUGGUUGGGACCCUUUGCUGCACCCACGGCCAGAACCAGCCCAGUUGAAGGAAGAGCUCACUGUUAUGGACCGGGAGAGAGGGGGGCAAGUGGAUGGGAACACAGUAACCAAGCUGGCAUUUUCCACACCAGCAUGGCUGCCCAGAGAGCCCAAUCGACGUCCACGUUCUAUUCUUAAACCCCUAAAUGCCACAUUUGAUGGUUCCACACACAACAAGACUGUGUACAAAAACUGGGUGGUGCAACCUCACUGGCGACACGGAGACCCUCGAGAUGGCAUUUCAUUGAGACCUAUGGUCAAGUUGGAAAGUGAGACAACUACUGGAAGCACAUUUGUGCCCAAAAAAGGAGAGACUGUCAGAAUCUGCAAACCUAAGAAGGGUAAUUUAGAGUUAACAGGUGAAAGCGACUUCAACACCGUUCACAGGGAGACUUACAGGAUACCGCAACUUCCUCAAUGCCGACUGCAGAUUUAUCUCCAACAACAGAAGGGAAACGCAUCUUUAGAGGGCAAAGAGAACCCAAAGAGACAUUAGACAAGAUUCUGCACAUUGCCAACUGAUAUCAUCCAAUAAUUGAAACACAUUAGUAUAGUAACCUCUAUAAAAGUUCUUUAUAAAGUAUAAGUGGUUAAUGGUGGGGAUCAUGGUUGCAGAUACAAGUGGUCGCCUGCCCUGAUAUCAAAUCUUUGUUGGAAAAACAGUUUAAUGUUUUAUUGUGCCCAUUGUCUUUGUUAAAACAAAAAUAAAUAAAGUGUUUCUAAUUUGGAGCUAUAAAA